AUGGAGGCUGGGGCGAUGGAAGAAGCCUUGAGAGUCGUGGAUCUGUGUCUCUCGCGCAUCAAAUGGCGGCUCUCGUCGUCGGCGAGGCAUCGGCUUCACAUUGGUUGGAGACCGUCCCCCGCUCAGAAUCUUCCUCCAGUUUCUUCUUCCAUUGAUUUUGUGAUCUUGCUCUGUCAUUUGGCUGCACCAUUACGUUUGGAAGCUUUUCUAUGGCGCGAUCGGAAUGUUUGCGAUCUCACAGUAGUCGUUUCUUUCGCGGGGAGGGAUGGGGAUUUUUCGUAAUUUUCUAUUUAUGCUACUUUCGCGUAGUGGUUUCCUCUGCGGAAUAAGUCCUUGUAGACCUUUAAGAUUUUCUAUUUUCAGCCCUUGUUCGCUCGUUCUCCAGCAUACGGUUGAGGCUGAUGAGGAGGCCUCUCCGAAUGACACUCUGUAUGUUGGAAUUUUCCUUACAAGGAUGUGUACAAUAUCGUUGAAUAGACAUGGAUUGGAUUCCCGUUUUGCAAAAAUAUUAAUUAGGCCGCAGCUUCUCUAUCUCUCUCCCCGUCUACCAGCUGUUUGAUGCUUUUAUCAUCAAUGGAACACAUCAGGCAUGCUCCGUGAAGUAUACUUCUUUUAAGGAAUUCACUUCGUCUUUUUUGGUAGACGUUAUUGCGCUAUGCACGCGAUUGAGGCCUGUUGUGAUGGUGGAUUACGGGGGAAAAAUACCUGAACUUACGGAGCAUCUCUGCAAGCUAUUGCAUCUUUGUCACGAGGUUUGAGACACCUGCAUUUUGUCGUCAUCUUUUUUCAUUCCAUCAGAAAGAAAAAAGAAACUCACUUAAGAUUUCUAUAGAUUGAUUUUCCUUGACAUGUUGCUUUGUUUAGUUCUUCUAGGGAUCAGUGAAGAGUAUUUACGUUGCUUCGUUUCUUUUUGUGGUUGAGGCUUAAAAAUCAAGAGUCAGAGGUUUUUACAAUGAAAUUUUGCGUUUUACAAUUUUACUUUUAGUUCGUUUUCAUGAAAAAUAAAGUGAAACAGUGAUGAUGUUCCCUCACUAAACCAUAGAAAUUCAUGAUCUGAAGAGAUAAAGGCCUCUAUGUCUAUGUCUUCAGUCACAUAUCACUCUGUCUGAUCCCAAGCCCCCCACCCCCCAAACCCCAUUAAAAAGAACAAAAAGAAAAUCCCUCCCUUUUUCUCUGUUGGUAUUCAAAGACUGAUAAUUAGCUACAUUACUAAUCUCAUUGUUAUUCAUUUCUAGGGUAUCAUAAUUCUUGUGAGAGUGACUUUUCAAAAUUUUGAUUGGUUCGAGUUCUCCACAAGCCACUUGAAAUAUAUAAGCUCAUCAUCUUUUCACUUGAAACCAUAUGUUCCCAAAAACUUACCAAGACGUUGAUUUUGUUCUUCAUUAAAUUUUCUAUUAACUAUGCGGAAUACUCUUACAACAUAUCAUUAUUACUUGAAUAACUUAGUAUGAUUUUUUAAAAGACAAUAAUACCCCCUUAGUGGCUUGAGAGAGAGCAAGGGGGGGGAGCAAGAGAGAGAGAGAGAGAGAGAGAAAGAGAGGAAGGGGAUGGUACAUGAUUUACGGUUAUUAGAUAGAAAGAUUUAAUGAUCUUUUCAUGAUGUGGUUAAAAGUUAAUCCAGCAUAACCAAAGUUAACUUGGGUAUCUCUAAUAUUGAGCAAUGAAGAGGGGACUAAGGACCCAAGAAAAGAUGUGAGGUUUAUCCAUAACUCUGGUUUAUGGGAGCUAAAAAAUAACUAUUAAAAUUAUAAAUGACACAUUUUUUUAACUUUAUGAAUUACAAAAGCAAUUUCCUAAUCGCUUUUGUAUGGUAGCUGCAACAUUCUAUCGUGAUUCUUUUUGUAACUUUAGAGGACCUUCAUAUAAUUGGUCCAUAUAUGAAUGAAAAGGUAGGAUAUUGCUCUCAUAUCCCUCUGGAGUAGUUCUAUUACUGAUAUCUCUUUGUCAAUUAACUGCCGCUGUUUCCCCAUACACGAAGUAAUAGAAACCAAACUCAGUUUGCAGCUGAAUGACAGUCAUGUGUCUUUUCUCAGAUGUAGAUUCUGUUAUGUUUUCUCAGUCGCAUGUGCACACAGAUUCACAAGUACACAAGGGUGCUGGACAACCCUCUGCUCUUUCUUGUCAUCAUUAAGAAAUGCAGAAGCUUGCAACCAAUUUCUGUUUCAGAUACUUCGCCUCAUGAUAUAACCAAAUUUUUCUACAAAGUACAGGCAAUAAGUCUUGCUUUCUGGGCAUUUUUUAUCCUUGAUUGUCUAGGGUAAUGGUCAUAGAAUACCUGCAGAGUGUGCACGAGUCAAUCAGAUGAUUAUUUCUUCUCUACAGGAAUCAUCUAUUUUACAGUCUUUGAGAGUGAUGAUCAUAGAAGACAUGAUCUAUUUGACACAUGUUAAAGGACUCGCUGAACAUUCCGCUUUUGAUCCUACCUUUCAGACUCAGCCAUUUUUCGUGGACCUUGAUCAAGAUCCUCCAAUGGUUUGCCCACUCCCUUAAAGAGUAUUUUUUUUUUCGUGUUACUUUUAUCAUCCACAUCACGUCUUUUAUUUGUAGCUGCUGCCGUUUACAGAGCAAAAUAUACUCAUAUCAGGGCUCAUGGCGAUUCAGAAAUUGUUUUCAUGUGUAUUUCCAGUUGAUGGAACGGAUAAACAUCUUUCUAUGGCUGUGCCUUCUCUUCUAACAACAACUGCAGAGACAUCCACAAAUGAUCGAAGUGAGUCCUCAAGCUUUCGUGGGCCUAUCUCUCUUCAGUCCACGCCAGUCGACCUCAGUUCCUGCAUGAAAGACACUGACGUCGUCAUACCAACCUUGAAUGGGUAAAUUCUCCUCCUGCGAUUAUAAACCUGCUCAAGAUGUGGUGCUCUCAGUUGCCGUUUAUUGACAGAGCUCCACUGGCAAUAAAUUCUUUUUAUGUACGAAGUAAGCAGCUUGAACUUUGGGCUAUCCAGUUCUUCUAUCAGUUUACACAUUGAUUAGAGAGGCAGCCUAUUCUUGCAUUUUUAUUGAACUUCACAAUUUAUUUUCAACUUUAUGUUGGCUCCAUGCUGGUAUAUAUAAUUAUUUGCCCCAGAAUAGUAAGAGAAACAUCAGGGUCAAUUUGAUGGCUGCAUGUUCGUUUUGUUAAUUAUUUCUGAAGGAAUGAAUCCUAUGUUAGUCAUUUGUUUGUGGACUUCACCCUCCCACAUACCGAGAAUUGAUAACCAAUGUAUAAAAUAAAAUAGAUCCCUUCCCACAUACAUUUGACACAGCAAUUGUAGCACUCUUGAAACUAGGAUUUGACUCAUGGAAUGACUUUAAUCAAUAAUCACUCACGCUUGCAUGCAGAUGGCUUCUUGGUUAUCCAGUAGUAUAUUUAUUCAGCAAGGAUCACAUUGCUGAUGCUGUCUACAACCUUUCGACAAAAUCUCUUCGUAUCUACAAGAUUAUAGCCCACAGGUUCUUUCCUUUGGAUAACUAAUAAUCCCCUUCAGUGUUUCUUGGGGGUAGAUUCAGAGAUUUUGUGAUCUUCUCCUUACAGAAAAGGAGCAUCAGGUAGGAAGCAGCACGAAGAGGAGCUAAUGAGGUCAGUUCAUUUUCUUCUCCAGCUGCUUUUGCUUCCAGCUAUUUAUUCCCAUGCUUUAAGAUAUCCUUACUUUCGGUAACGCCUCAAAGUCUUUGCAUCUUCUAAUUUCCUAUUUUAGGAAAAAAUUACCUCAUGAACUACAGUAAAAGCACUUUCAUUAUGUUCUUAGGAGGUGUAAGUGGGUCAGGUCAGGAGUUGAGGAAAGGGGGUAAGACAGGCAGAGAGAGGAAGAGGGAGGGGGAGCAAGACACGCAGGCACACGCGCACACACACAGAGCUAGUGAGAUAGACACAGAGAGUGAGAGAGGAGGAGAAAAGACGGAGAGAUACACAGAGAAGGGAGGGAGAGGAAGCAAGAGAGAGAGAGUGAGUGAGAGUGCGACUUGGGAGACUCUGGACAGAUGCGUGGCUUUCAGUCCUGUCAAUGCCUGGACAACUGGUCAUAGAGACUGGUCCUGGGCCUAUUUUUCUUUACAAUGCUUGAUUUUGAAACUGAAGUCUGGGAAGAAGCCUAGUUAUUUACAAUGCUUGAUGCCCAACAUCCUGCUUAGCAAAACUUACUCAGCGUCUACUUAGGAGUGAUCUGGUUUUUUCUUUACCCGAAACUUUGCCUCACUCGCAGCUUCUCUGUUCCAUAUGAUCUGAGCAUGGCUGGGAGCCAGGAAGUGUGGGCUCAGGCAUUUCUUGCCCGUCUGAUGGGGAAGCUUGAGAGCUGCAGCCAUGUGUGGUCCAGCUUGCGCCUCGAGGUCAGUGAAUGCUACUCUCAGGCAAUUGUUCUAUAA